ACGUGCAGCGGAGGGAGGCCCGGCCCGCCGCACCCGGAGCGGCCGCCAUGCCGAUGCCGCCGAUGCCGAUGCUGCCCCUGCCCGGCCGCCCCCGCCUCGGGCGGGCCUCGCUCCUGCCGCUACUCCUGCUGCUCCUGCUCGCGGGUCCGGCGCGGCCCAUCUCCUUCCAGCUGCCGGGCAAGGCGCGGAAGUGCCUGCGGGAGGAGAUCCACCGCGACACGCUGGUCACGGGCGAGUACGAGAUCGGCGCCCCGCCGGGCUCCUCCACCGGACCCUCCGCCAACCUCAAGAUAACUGACUCAGCUGGGCACAUCCUGUAUGCCAAGGAGGAUGCCACUAAGGGCAAGUUUGCCUUCACCACUGAAGACUAUGAUAUGUUUGAGGCCUGCUUUGAGAGCAAGCUUCCUGUGGGAACAGGGAGGAUGCCGGACCAGCUCGUGACUCUGGAUAUGAAGCAUGGUGUUGAAGCAAAGAACUACGAGGAGAUUGCUAAAGUGGAGAAGUUGAAGCCUCUGGAAGUAGAAUUGAGGCGCUUGGAAGAUCUUUCAGAGUCCAUUGUUAACGACUUUGCCUAUAUGAAGAAGCGAGAAGAGGAAAUGAGGGACACGAAUGAGUCGACAAACACCCGGGUUCUGUACUUCAGCAUUUUCUCCAUGUGCUGUCUCAUCGGACUGGCCACCUGGCAGGUUUUUUACCUGCGUCGCUUCUUCAAGGCCAAGAAGCUGAUUGAGUAAAGGAGCAAAUCCUCCUCCCCCUCCUCUCAGACCCAGCUGAACACCGCUGGGACCUAGCCAUGGCCCCCUGGAGCCAUCUCACAGAUGAUACCCACUGACUGGAGCUUUUCUGGAGGAACUUGGACCCUAAAGGAGGAGGGGAGCCUAAACAUUGGAGACAAUUGGGGACUUGUGAAAUCCUGUUGAAUGUUGAGGGUGGGGGAGGUCGCGAUGGGUUUGGGUAUUCCUGGGACAGCGAUUAAAUAAAAAAAAGAUGUUUCCAUGACAGCUGCAGCAAGUUUUUGCGCUGUCUGUUCUCCUUUUAUAAUCAUGGCUUGAUGAUGUCUCCCAUCUGUCUGUGACUGCAGUGUUACUCAGAGCCACUUGACCCUGCUGCGCUCUUUAGGUGCCACACAGCUUGCACUGGAGCAGAGCAGGGGAUUCCCUGUUCUGAUCAUCUGGGAUCUAAGCCUCCUGCAAAUGGAGAUGAGUGCAAAGCAAUAGGAUUCAUCAUUCCACCAGGACCUGAGGAUAGAGAGUCAUCCAAGGUUUGGUCCCUGCUGUGGACUUCUGUGUUUCUCCCCGUGGGAGCUGAUGUCUUUGUACUGACAGGUCAGGGCACUUGAGCAUAUGGUGAUUGAGCCUGGAGGAAGGGGAGCCUUGGAAGGAGGGCUUGGGAAUGUGUUUGAGCUUGGAAAGAAGCCUGCUUUGCUCAAAUAAGCUGUCCAGCCUUGGUCCCACCCUUGCCCCAUGUUUGUCUUAGAUGUGCUUCUCUUGCUUUGAAAUGAUGCAGCAUCUUUCUUGAAAGCCUUGGUCAGGAACAGCCUUUUGUAUAGACAGGAGGCCUCAGAUACAGUCACAGAGCAAAUGGGAGCAGGUUGUGCUAGGAAACUUGGUCUUACAUUGAGCAGGAGACUUCUCUUCUGUCCAGGCAGCUGAGUCCAGGCUGAUUGUCAUUUUCUGAGACCUCAAAGCAAGGUGAGCUGAUGUUCACAUGAAGCAUGAGGGCCUGUGCCCUGCAUUGAGGUCUGAGGGUACAACAGUGCUGUGCAGGUUAGCAGAGAAGUUGAAAGAAUGUGGAUGAACUAAAAAAAACAGUACAGGGUAAGAAUAGGCUAAUUCUGCUUCUGGGGGGAGUCUGAACUGUGCCCUCAACAGAACUGUUAUUCUCCUAUGUGGUACUAGACAGCAAGAACCAGCAGCUUCUCAUCAUUUCUCAGCCAUCCAGAUGGCAUGAUGUUAAAUAAACCAGGCUGGAUAAAACCAGGCAGGUUAACUUCCUGGACUUAACCUGCUACAGUUUUUAGGCAAUGAUAAAAAUUCUUGCACCUUCUCUGCAAGAGAAGCAUUCCUCCAAAGCAAGUGGUUCAGCAGCACAGCAUUCUGGUGUCCUGUGUCUAGAUAUUUCUGGCUAGGGAAGGGGUUGUCAUGGCCCUGGACCCAGCCUAGCAUUUUCAAAAAAACACAGUUUUAUAAUUUCUGACCUGAGUCUGAUCUAUUGCUAAGAAGGAAACAGUUGUCCAGGGUGAGGCAAUGGGAAAGAGGAGGUAAAGCUGACCUCCCGUCAUCUAAAUACGUCAGUACUUUGCCUCCUCUUUGCCAUUGCCAAGUUACUGGAGUUGUUAGUUCCACUGGCAAGUGCUUAGAUUGCUUUUAAUUUGUUUGGUUUUUGAUAAAGCCAUAUUAGGAACCUAAGUCUACUCCUCUGCCCAUGGAUCCAUUUUAUCCUUGUACAUUUUUGAAAGCUGUUACGGUGCAGAACAGCUGUGAUGCCACAGGACUGAAUUACAGAAGUCAUUUGAAGGUGGUUUUAGGUCCUACCGUUUGAAGCCUGUAGAUCUGUUAAAUUUUUGCUUUUGUUUUUAUAUAACUUGAAAAGACAUUACGAGAAAGGGGCUUUUUUCCAGUCUGUUUUGAUAUCCUCUCCCCAUCCUUACGUGAGUGCAAAGGUAUCUUAAAAAUGGUGGCAAGGCCUUAAGUUCCCCAGGUGUCUGUUACACUUUCAUCAUUCUGGUGUUAUGUUUGGCUCUUUACUGUACUGGCAUGGUUACUGGGGAGCAGAUGCGGGCAACUGGCGUGGAUUUACCUGUGAUGACUGGUUGGGGGAUUUUUGUCAACUUUCUCAAAUAAAAUUGCUUUGGGGAAAAACAACCCACCUCA